GGUUGCAACAUAACCAAUCUUAUAUUCACCCGAAACUUGGAGUCCGUAUUUCUUGCUAUUCCCUGAGGUUUGCGUUACCUUCAGUAUGUUUAUAUACCUUGUGCAGUGGUAGUAACAUGCUCCAACUCUAAAAAUCGCAAUUUUUGACAGAUCGUGUCUAAAAUUUGAAGAAUGAAGCAAAACAAAACAAAAAAUUCCUGUAAUUUUUAAUUUGGAUUUUAAGUUUGUUAUUGGGAAAAAAGCUGGCAUCCUCUAUUGAAAUGGCAAACGAAGCAAUUAAUAUUUUGGAAAAAUUUGAGAUACAAAAGUGUAUUGUUUGAUGGUGAAGCGAUUAAUAUGGACUCGCUAAGAAACGAAUUGAGUGACACGGAACAAAUAAUAAUUCCUAUGGCGCACCCAGACACCAGCGAAUUUUAUCAAUGUAUGGCCGCCGCUAUUUUAUUCAACUUCUGUAAGAACCCGCUGUACAGAGAGUAUCCGUGGCACGGAUUGCAAACACUCCGACGCAUUAUCGUAAAAGAAAAUCAUCAAGAUGACUAUACGAAAAUACAGUUACAGUUAUUAAUUCACAUCAGCAAAAUGAAUCUUAAGGCACACGAAUCAGCACGUUACAUCAACAACCUUGAAUUUAUAGUCAUACACGAACCAGAGGAUGAUUCGUCAAGGGCAUGGUUGCAAUUGGCGUACAAAACCAUAUCAAACGAUUCUGUAUUGGGGAGCAUCGAUUGUUUGAUGGAAAAUGCUUUUAAUGUGAAAGUUGAAGAUACCAACAAAAGAGAAGUAGGUGCAAGUUACAUCGACUUGAUAAAGACGGAAUUGCGUGGUUUCUCAGGGUUCGAUUGGGUUUAUAUUAAUUUAGGUCACUUCGAUGCCAAAAGGUACAAACAUCGAAAAUCUCGUGAUUGCGAUGUAUUAGUAGCUCUGGACGUCGUGACACUCGUUAUACAUGAAUAUGCUCAUGUACGAAUUCGGCAGGCACUUAACGACAUGAACAUGUCUACGCCAACAAAGGUGCCCAAAGAGAGUCUAUUUGAAGAUAUGGAAUUCGGAAGAAUUGUUGAAAGGCAUAUUUUCGGAGCUGUUCCGAACUGGUUGAAUUCAUAUAAUAGAGGCACGGAUAGUGGACAACUUCUCUUAGAAUUUGCUCAAGCCUUCAUAACAUCCAUUGAAAACAACAAAAAGGUGCCAGCAGUUCCACUAGGACUGACAUUAGAAAACAGAGAUGCAACGGUGGCAAUGGGAGGCGCUGAUAUUCAAGUUGAACGUCACAUUGAAUAAAGGAAUGAGAGAGAGAAAGACAUUUUCGUCCAACCGACUUUUCCUCCACACAUAGAGAUGACUUAAAAGAAACAUUGUGAAACCGAAUUUAUCGUUUCGAAAGGUGAACACCGCAAAAUGGACGAAUCAAAUGAUUCAGAAGUGAUGAAUUUUCAAGAUGCUACCGAUUCGGUCGAAUCAGACGAACUUCACAAUGAUAGCUCAAAUUGUGCAAAAAACGACACGCAGACUGUAGUGAAUAUUUUGCGAACUUCUCUACGUUGUGCUGUCAUUAACCGGUAAGCUUACUGCUGACGAUUCUAAAGUGGAAUGAAAAAUACGAUAGUUUUGUGUGUGAGAGCGCAUCUGGUGGGAGUAAUAACGUCAACAGCUCCAGAGAAUAGCUCUAUGGAGGGAAAGAGGAAAAUGUUCCAGAAUGGGCCUUCCAAAACAUUUAUGUCCUUGUUCUCCAAGGACAAUUGAGGCAUAUCAUUUGACUGUAAAAAUAAAUCAGUUAGGUGGGAUGUAUUGUAGUAAUGGUGUAAUGCCUCUUAAAAGUAAUCUAAAUGAACAUCAGGCUUGUGUUUAAAAUAGCCUUCAUUGCUUGACUGUUUUUCAAAAUGUUUUUUUUUUCGUUUUUAAUUUAUAAAUACUUAGCAGAAUAGAAUUUUCAUAUAAUUUCGCAAUAAUUUAUAAAAUUAUCAGAAAUGUAAAAAAAUAAAAAAAGACUCAGGUCAGAUCAUGUUUUUUCAGGUCAGGUCGAAACAGGUUGAAGAUCUCUUCAGGUCAUGUCAGGUAAUAAAAUUUCAGGUCAGGUCAGGUUAACAGAUAUUUCAGGUCAGGUUUCAGGUUGACCUGACCUGUUCCGAGCCUUAGUAGAGAGUAGAAUGAAAAACUUGGAAGGAACCGAAGGUCUGACGCGGAACGAGGUAAUCUUCUUGAAACGUGUCGUCGAAAGUCUGCGACGAUCGAUACAAAUCAGCAUUUAUUUGCUUGCAUUCUAUUCGAAGCGAUGCAAUCAACUGGCGAACUAAAUCGACGUGAUUUGGAACUUGCGACUGAAGAUUUGUCAUGGUUCCUCGAACAGGAAAUCACCAACGAAAGUAUUGUCACAGUAAAACAAAAACUCAAGGAGAAAUCUACGUAUUGCGAUCAACGUCGCAGUGUAUUAUUGGGCCAUUUCAGGAAGGGUACGAUAUCAGAUAUUGGGAGCUGGAAGACUUGUUAUGAAGUUAGUGAAAUCUUUCAUUUUUCUAUGUAAAGAAAAUUUGUUGAAUAAAUAAGC